GACAAAUCCAAAAAUAUUUGAAUACAGAAAGUGUUACAAGGCUGGCUAUUCCACUUGUCCACCGAUCCACCGAACCACCCACCCGAUUAUAGCAGCACCUCCAAGAAAGCAAAAAGCUACUUUCUCAAAAGUGCGAUUGCCAAAAAAAAAAAAAUCAUCAAAUGUGACCGCAAUCCGCUUGGCCAUUACAAAUCGUCAAAACAGAACGACAGCCAGAACCGAGACCGAGACGGAGACGGAGACCGAGACCCACGCAAAUCGUUCAAAAAUAACUCAAUUUCAUUUUACUUGGGUCGAAAAGUGCUUCGGAAGGCGCAUCUGUUUUGCCCCACCAAUAUAUACACGGGAUUUAGAUGGAAAACUCGUAGAUACACACCUACACACAUAUACUGUAUGGAAAGCUUACAAAUCCAUAGAUAAAUGUGUGCUUCAGAUGGAAAAUCUUACAGAAAGAUGACAUAUUUUUACGGUGGCGGCAAAGUCAACAAUUAGCAACAAUACCCAUUCCCAUAAAUCACAAAGGAGCCUGCCAGUCAUUUGUUGCUAUUUCUAUUGCUAUUGUUGUAAUUGCUAUGAUUGUAAUUGCUAUGAUUGCCAGUGCUGUUUCUCGUGUUCUAUAUUUGGUUUAUUUACAUACGUGAGCUGUUUGCAUAUGUCGCAGUCGCAAUCGUCCGUCUGUCUGUCUGUCGGUGGAGCAACACAGCUGAUAAACCCAGCAAAUAAACGAAGAUGAGAAAUCGUAUAUUAUGUGGAAAGCCAUGCAAAUAUUUAGAAAAUAUAAAUGGGGGAAAUGUACUCGGCUUAUAGAACAGCCUCCACCUUUCCCUUCUCCUUGAGGAUUCAACGAAUUGGGGAACCGUUACCCUCUGGGAUACUUUAAAGUAAUUUCCAUCCAUCAAAAGACAGAGUUCCUUUCCAUUCCUUUUGCGAUCAUCAAAGAACUUCAUUGAAAUGAAAGUUGCACAUCUUCUUGCUCUCUCUCGGGCCCGCAUCUGCUGGCUCCCUCCCACCCGCAAGUUCUUAUCAGCAGAGGAGAGCCCACGACAGAAGGAACGGUCAAACGGACAAGCGAAGCGAAGCAAAGCAAAGCAAAGAAGAGAAUUAUGCGCAAGUGCAGCCCGGACAGGCCGCUAAGGUUUAGAGCGAGAGGCCAAGCCGGAGCCGAACCAAAGCACAGCAUCACGAGCCGCAGAGAGAACCAAAAGAGAGAGCUAAGCACAGAGAGGGAGAGAGAGAGGCGUUAAGCAGACGCGCGACGCGCGACGCUCGCUGCUUUCGUAAAGUUUCGGGCAGCGGAGCCGUUGGGGCCAUCGCAGAGCCGCCACAGCGUCACCGCAUAGUUCAUGACGGGGAUCCAAAGAGAACGAACGACCGCGAAGGCGCAACGGAAUACAAAAACGCGUCCACUUGCGAAAAUACAACAGAAAAACGCCGCACUAAAAAUUGCAAAAUUUAUGAAUGCUAGCAGAGCUCUCGGGUCUGCGUGGAGCGAAGGGGAUACGAUACUCAUCGUAUCGGAUGUCAGCAGGCGAUAAAGAAACACGAAAGCCCCAAAAAUAAAUACCCGUGAUAAUGCAAAUCGAAUGGCAAAGUGCAGCGGGCAGCACUUGACGAAAGUGUGAUGUGAUGUCAUAAAAUAUAACUUUUGCCGCUUAUCGAAUCAAAAACCAAAAAAAAAAAGAAAAACUGCACCACAAAAGAGCGAUAUCAAAAGCACGAAACAAGCGAAAAAGUGAACCAAUAAACAGUCGAAAGCGAUACUAAUUUGUGAUAACAAAAUCCGACGGAUACGAUGGCUACGAUGGACGUGACUACAUUCUCCGACUACAUGGUCUACCUGGAGACGGCCUGGGAGUGGGCGGGAUGCCUGCCCUACCUGCUGGUCGCCUACGUAUUCCUCACGCUGCUGCCCAAGUCCCUGCAGCGGAUGAAGCGCUUCGCGGACGCGGACUACGAGGCGAAUCGCCACAAGUACCAUCGCUGCUACGGGCCCGAGCUGUGCUGCCACGUGCAGGCCCAGGAGGCGGCGGCCUCCAAGCAGAAGCAGAAGGCGCGGAAGCCCGUCACACGCGUCUACCACAAGCGGCAGACGUCCACCACAGCAGCGAAGGAGCCGCAGCCCCCCGUGCCGGCGCCAGUGAAGCGGAGCAAUGUCACCAAAAUCGCGCGCAUGUUCGAGACGGGUGCCACGCGGCAGGUGAGCAGGGUCUCGCCUAUCCUGCCCGAGAUCCGGAUGUUUGGGGCCAGCGAUGAUUCGCACGACUCCACGCCCUGCGCCUCCCGCAAGACGAGCAUCGCCACACAGCUCUCGGCGCAGCUGCAGCACAUCGAGCAGGCGAUGCAGCUCUGGCAGGAACUGGAGGAGGAGCCCUCCAAGAAGUCGUCCCCCUCCCACAGCGACUGGGAGCCGAUGACCGUGCCCGUGGUUCGACGCACCCGUGGCACCUCGGCCACGCCCUCGACUGCCUCUCCGCUGGGCAGUUCCCCGGAGCCCGCGUCCCCGGUGCUGCUGCGGCAGCCGCCGUCGCUGUGCCUCCAGUCCAGCAUGGAGGACAUCUUCCAGGUGAUUGCCAGGAGUGCAGAGGAGCCGCACUCCUUCUAUGCGGACUGCAACAGCCUGUCGCCCGUCACCAGCAUCGACGACAUCCUCUCGGAGCGCAGAUUCUCGCGGCCAUUGUCCGCCUACUCCAUCACGGAUCUGCUGAACGAGGAGCAGGCCUCCUGCGUGGAGGAGGCCACCUAUGUGAACGACACCAGAUGAGGGAGGAGGGGAGCUUCCAGUAUCCAAGAUUGUUGGAUGAAUGAUCAGUUUUUAGUGCCAUCUCCUCGCCCCAUGGCCCAUGAGUCAGAAUCGGAUUCGGAUUCGCAAUCGGGUCACCCGGAAGACUUUUACCCCGUCCUAAUCGUACCCUCGAUCGCACCACAUCGCCCCUCAUCGCCUUUGUCCCGCCACAGCGCUGUGACUCACGAAUGCGGGAGGGGGGGGGCCUUGCCACGCCUUCCUAUAGUAGUUUCCUAUAGAUUAUAUAGCCCCCCCCUUGGCCGUUCCUCCUUCCAUAUGCAUUUUAUUUGUUUAAUCGAUGAAAACUUAAGCAAAUCAAAGUAAACAGUCGAUUCCUUGUACUUAUUUAACCGUCUCAUUUUGUCUCUGGGGUAAACCGUAGCAUAGCAUAGCGAUGCAUCUCAUAUAUAUAUGUAUGUAUAACUAAAUCGAUCCUAUCGCAGAUAAAAUAUUGUAUGAAUAUGAAUAUGAAAUGAAUUUGUAGUAUUAUUUAUAUGAUUAAACAAACGUGUAUCUUAAACAAAAGACUCUGUAUCAAAUGCAAGAAAAAUACACAACGAAGCAAUAAUUAUACGUAAA